AUGUCCGAUAUGAACGUCAGCGACCACAUCAAGACGCAGCACAAUCGCAUGCUUCAUGAAGCCAACCAAGAGCUUGCGCGACAAGUGAACGAGCUUGUCGAAUACCAGAUCGAGAAUCCCGAGCUCAAGAGCUCUACGAACAACGCGGAUGUCGAGAAAGAGAAGGCCGUGAAGAGGGAGAUUGAGAACCGGAAGAAGGCGAUCCGCGCGCAGUUGGCCGUGAUCAAGUCCUUAUACAGACAAAGCGUGAUCAGAGUGAGGGAAGAGAAGGCACAAACAUCGGACAGUAGGAAUGUCAACGAUACCCUCAUCCUUCAGUUACACAAUCUGAAGUAUGAGGAGCAAAGUCUUUCUUCCGAGAUAUCAGCUGCGCAGAACUACGAUCACAAGUACAUGAAACUCCCACUCAUUUCCGUGGAAGAAUUUCUCGAACUUUUCCCCGAUCACCAAGAGUCCUCCGAGCAUGAUAUCAUGACCGCGCGCAUCGAGCAUGAAUAUCAGGUCCGUAUGAAGUUGGAGGAGCGGAGGCAGGAGAAGCUCAAGCAGAAACAAAUGCUCAUUGCGGAGGUCAAGAAGCGCAAGGACGAUCUCACGAAGCUCGAUGGCAUGUUGGAGAGAUUCAUCGAGGCCGCCGCUCCCAUCCAGAAGGUCCUCGCCACGGAGUAG